CCUGAUUCCCAUUUUUACGACUCUCGAUUUUGCGCGCCCCCCCCCCCUUUCCCUCUCCAAAAGAAAUAAUGUCAUUUCAUACUGCCUUGCGCUGGUUCCUCGUCCCCACAACUACUUUGCUUACAAUCGACUUCCUCGGCAAGUCCUUCGCCCGAGUGCAAUGGGUCUCUGGCUGCAGCAUGGCACCUACGAUAUCGCCAGACUUCCUGGAGACGGGGGAGCGCGACCUCGUCCUUGUAUUCAGGCACAGCCUCGCCGGCUCCGCAAUAGCUAACCUCCGAAGAGGCGACAUCGUGACCAUGAUCAAACCGCACGAGCCUCAGAGCGAGCUGGUCAAGAGGGUCGUCGCCCUGCCGGGCGACCUCGUCAUGCGCGACGUCCGGCGCGUCGGGAAGCAGGAGGUGGAGGGCGGCAAGCACAGCGAGGAGCUGGGUCUCCGGCCGCUGCCACCCAUUGUGCGGGUGCCGACCGGCGCGGUGUGGAUGGAGGGCGACGAGUGGAGGAAGAGCCGCGACAGCAACGACUUCGGCCCCAUCAGCCAGAGCCUGAUCACGGGGCGCGUCUGGGGCGUGCUGUGGCCGCCGCAUCGAUUCGGGCCCUUCCCAGCCUCGGCGCCGGACUCGAGAACACAAGUCGUCGAGGGCCUUCCGCCGUCGAUAUCGACGUUGGAUUUCGUAUGAAAAGAAGGGGAGGGAGACAAAAAGGCCCACGACCGUUUCUGUGGUGGUUCGGCAAAUAGAUAUGUCGGCAAAGAAGAGUCCCACCGGCCGGUCACGCAGCUUCUGCAAGCUGCCGCCCUCCUCAUACGGCUAUCAACAAGUCCUGCGUGAUUUGUUCAGGGGGCAUCAUUGAACCGGCCUUAGUAAAGGAGGCCGUAUCUGAGCCAAGGUGUGAUGUAGCUUUAAGCGGUUUCGUUCAUCGGGCACAAUUGCACGAUGACGCCAGGAGUCUUACGCCGCUUUUAUCUUAUUCUUGGCAGGCGUCUCAAGUUCGCGAGCUGUCCUGCCAUCGGUACGCGAGAAUAGCACAGGUUUGGGUUGGGACACAAACUGAGAAUAUCAAGAUACCAACCAGCCACUGAGCACAGGACUAUCAAGCCCAUAGGGCGGUGUAUGAUUAAUUCUUGAGGUCUAUGUACAUUAAAAGUCCUACAACCAGUCGCGCAUUUCAGCGGAUUAGGAAGCUCUGUUGCUUCAGCAAUCCAGAACGUACCAG